UGGAGGCUUAAGUUGCAGCCUUGGAGUGUACUGAGAAAGGGGAGGGUUGAUGGGAGGUACGGAGGGAAUGAGCACAAGAGGAGAGAGACACACACAGAGCGAGAGAGAAGCCUAUAAUUCAGAACAAAAGUAGCCAGGGCUGCAGACUUUGCCAAAAAGCCUUGCACUGUAUUGUGAGUAAAGUACAAAGAGGGGGCAUUCCUGCUGCCUCAGCACAAAUUAUAUAAAAGGGAAAGAAGAAGGAUCACCUUCCUCCUUUCUAUACAACAAGAUAACCUACCUUGCCUGUCAGCAUUGGGCCACCGCUGGGAACGAUCUGCCAGGCAUCCCCUUGCACAUGCGAGACUGUCUUUGGCUGCAAGUGAAAGCCUGUGGGAUUUGCUAGGAGGGAAAUUGCUGGCUGGUUUGUUCAGGAGAGAGCGCUGGGGCUGCUGCUGCUGCACUCUAUUCCAGCACAUGCUCUGAGAAAAGCCUUUUUUCAUGCAUUGUCCUUCCCCAUCUGUUUGAAUGGUAUGUCAUCAUGCAGACUGCCAGCAAAUGAACCAAAAGAAUCCUCUUAACUUGUGCGAGUCAUGUGACAUCAAGUUCCACAGCACCAUGCACUUUGACAAACAUAUUCGCUUUGACUUGCCUCCCCAAGGUUCGAUUCUGGCCCGUAACGUCUCCACUAGAUCAUGUCCACCACGUACCAGCCCUGCAUCGGAUGUUGAGGAAGAUGAUGAGGAAUUAAUGGAUGGAAAAGGGGACAAAAAAGCUGCAGGCCUGAAAUUAAGCAAGAAGAAAACCAGGAGACGGCACACAGAUGACCCGAGCAAGGAAUGCUUCACUCUGAAAUUUGAUUUGAAUGUUGAUAUAGAAACUGAGAUUGUACCUGCUAUGAAGAAGAAGUCACUUGGAGAGGUUUUGAUACCAGCGUUUGAGAGAAAAGGCAUUGAUCUGAAUAAAGUGGAUAUAUUUUUGGACCAGUCCAAUACACCGUUGUCGCUCAAUUUUGAAGCUUACAGAUUUGGAGGUCAUUAUCUAAAGGUUAAAGCCAAACCAGGGGAUGAAGUGAAAGUGGAACAGGCAGUGAAAGAAUUCAGAUCAUUAAGCUUGCCCAUCAUGAGGAACACAGGGGCAACCUCAGCAUUUAUAUUCAACCCAGCAGCAGAGAGGUCUGAUCAGCCGCCGUUCAGACGGGAAAACACAGAUAUCCUGGCUCCAGGAAGAAAGAGGAAGAAUAUGAAUGAAUUUCUUGGGGACGCAAGUAUUCCGGUACAAGAUCCCAUUCAGAGUUUUAGCUGCUCCAACAACGGCGCCGACACGUGGAAAAACAGGGCAGCCAGUCGCUUCAGUGGAUUCUUUGGCUCUGCGGCUACUGGACCGUUUGGAAGGGAAAUAGACAAAAUGGAGCAGCUGGAGAGCAAGCUGCAUUCAUACAGUAUGUUUGGUCUUCCCAAGUUGCCCCAGCAGCUUUGCUUUGAUCAGGACUCGUGGGAGGAAGAAGAAGAUGAUACCAACCUGACUCUUGAAGAUAGCUGGCAGGAAAUCAUUGAGGUUCCUGAGACUUUUACUAGGAGGCAGUGCCACCAGCAAGAGGCCAUUUGGGAGUUACUUUAUACAGAAGCCACAUACAUUAAGAAGCUGAAAGUGAUAACUGAUCUUUUCCUUUGUUGUCUGUUGAAUCUACAAGAGUCCGGAAUAUUAUGUGAGGUGGAGCCUGACAAGUUGUUCAGCAAUAUUCAGGAGAUCAUCCAGUUACACAGAACCCUGUGGAGCACUGUCAUGGUACCAGUACUGGAGAAGGCAAGAAAGACUAAGGGUUUACUAAACCCCCUGGACUUCCAAAAAGGAUUCAAAAUGUUUGAAUCCCUGUUUAAACCAUAUAUUAGAUACUGUAUGGAGGAGGAAGGCUGCAUGGAAUAUAUGAGAAAUCUGCAUCGGGACAAUGAACUUUUUAAGUCCUACGUAACGUGGUCGGAAAAACACAAGCAAUGCAAUCGACUGAAACUGAGUGACAUGUUGGUGAAGCCACAUCAGCGACUAACAAAAUAUCCCCUGCUGCUGAAAUCAAUCUUGAAAAAGACAGAUGACCUGCAAGUCAGAGAGUCCAUCAUUCUCAUGAUCAGCUCAGUGGAGCGUUUCAUCAAUCAUGUGAAUUCACGGAUGCGCCAAAGACAAGAACAGCAACGCCUGGCCGCAAUCAUCGGGCGCAUUGAUUCUUACGAAGCUGUGGACAGCAGCACAGAUGAAGUAGACAAGAUUCUGAAAGAAUUCUGCAGGUUAGAUUUGACAGCCCCCAUGAUUGGAACAUCUCCUGAAGAUACACGCCAACUUCUUCUAGAAGGAAGUCUAAAGAUGAAGGAAGGGAAAGAUAGCAAGAUGGAUGUUUACUGUUUCCUGUUCACUGAUCUCUUCCUCAUUACAAAGCCGGUCAAAAAAGCCGAAAGAACCAAAAUAAUUAGGCAGCCACUACUAGUGGAUAAAAUUGUAUGCAGGGAACUUAAAGAUCCAGGUUCCUUCUUGCUGAUCUAUCUGAAUGAAUUCCGCAGCGCUGUUGCUGCAUAUACAUUUCAAGCCAGUGGGCAGUCAUUGUGCAGAGGAUGGAUUGAAGCAUUUCAUAAUGCACAGAAUCUCUUGCAAAGGAUGAGACAGGAGUGUCUGCGUAACCAGCAACAGGUGGCACAUCUUCAUGAAGAGGAGGAAGAUAUGGAAAGUGGGACGUCGGCUGCAAGCUCCCCAACCAUACUGCGCCGGAGCAGUACAGACAUGUUAAACAGUCAGUCAGAUAGUUCCACUGAAACUAUCUCAGUGGUCGUCAUUGAUGCUGGCGAUGAGCUUUCGUCCCCUGAAGUUGAACAAGGACCAUUUGGCUCUCAGUCAGAUGAAACUUCGUUAAGUACAACUGCAUCAUCCAUUACGCCAACGAGAGACAUGUUUGAGAGUAUGGACUCUCCUGAAGAACACCCAGCUGUUGACUCCAACUAUUUAAAGCUGGAACCAAAUGGUUGUAGAUCUUCAUCCAUCGACAGUGCUUACGGAACUCUUUCUCCAACGUCACUGGAAGAGUUUGUAGAACAACAGCAACAGGAAAUGGCAGAUGAUGAGAGAGAAUCGGUUAGUUCCCAGCGUUCUUCAUCUCCUAAACUUCGUAGGAGAACUCCUGUUCAACUUCUACCUUGUAAAUCGAAAGUACUGAAAUCCAAGUCGGAAGCUAGCCUCGUUCAUCUGAUAACAAGCGUUCCUUUAACUAGCAAUAGUGAUGAAAUAACUCAUCUGACUCAAAGUAAAAGUCUAAGUGAACUUUUCAUGUCCCCAAGGUCUGAUAUGUUUUAUCAACCAGAUAAUAUCAAAAGAAAAUAUAUCUCCCCAAAUGGGUUUAAAAGGACCAGCAUGGUGGAGCGUACAGCCAAUCACAUGGAAGAGCAUGUCAGAAAACCCAGAUCUCAAUCAGACUGCACAGGCCGAAGAGUGGUCAACAUAGGCAGCUGCAGUAGUAGCUCCUCAGAUCUUUCUGAAUCAGAGGAAAGUGGAUCGGCAAAAUCUGUUUGUUUCACAAAUGAUCAAAAAUUACAGGAUUCAUUAUCUGAGCCCGAGCAACUUCAGUCCCUGCAAGAGUUUGAAGUGGACUCCUCAGACCAUGUCUACAGUAAAUCUUUCCCUGAACAGUUUUCUGGUGAAUUAGAAAUGGACAUUGAUAAUGUUUCUGGCAGUGCCAGAAGGACCAUGUCAGAUCCACAGUCUUCCCAACACAGAAAACUUACUUUGGCACAGUUGUACAGAAUUAGAACUACUUUACUCCUUAACUCUACAUUAACGGCUUCAGAGGUGUAAUUUCAUGGAGACAGCAGGAACUCAUGGCACCGGAUUCGGAGGAAAUGUAGUUUGAAAAAAAGUUGCAGAACACAAAUGGCCCUUCACAUGGCAGACGCUGAAGAUCGCUAAGCCCUACAGAUAUUCAAGUAGUGAACCCGGGAACUAGGAUAUGAGCUUGCAUUUGGGGCAUGACCUCUGAGGAGGUCAAACUGAAUUCAUUCUUGUGACAGGGCUUUGUGUCUCCAAACACUAAACAGCAGAGAGAUUUUACUUGCACUUUCAAAUAACUGCCAAAACUCUUCUAAGAAGUUCAGAGUUCUGGCACAGAACAUAUACUGGUGGCAUCAUAGCAUUAAAACAGCAAUCAGACCCAUACCUCAUCUGAAACAUCCAAUGGCUAUGAUGAAUAAACGUGACAAAAGAACAGAGUAACUCUGAACAUGCUUUUUCAUAUUUCCUGCUGUAAUUCACACCAGAAAUGUUUACUAAAUAGCUCAUCCAACUAAGCGCUAGUGUCAUUUUAUCCAACAGAACAAUGGAUUCCACAUGGUGCUGGCCUUUUCUAUAGCAACCGAUGACCGAAGUUGGCUUCCAUUUUCAUUUGUUGGACACGCAGGGUCUAAUUUUUCGGAAUGUGUUGGUGUGUAGCUUUAUGAAAUAUUUGAAAAAAUGUGAAAUACAUAAGUCACAGAAGUUAGAGGUUGUGUUUCUAUGAAAAUAUGCCCCACGGGGGAAACAUUUUCUUCUUUAUUCUUCUGAACUGGGCUGUUGUUCUAAAAAAAACAGAGAAACCAAAAAUGUUUACAGGAACAGUAUUAUAAUUAUUGUGAGACGUGGUGCUUGCCAAUGCUUAAAUUAUUAUUUUUUUUCAUUGAGAUUAUUUGUUUAAAUAUGAAUGUUUAUAAAUCUA